ACGUUCCCUGAGCAGCAGCGGCCGCAGCGACAGGGUCUUCCACCAAAGAAACAAGUUUUCUCAGAGUUAAUCCAUGUUUUCACCAUGGUGCAUUUGAGUAAGGGGGAUUUUGUGUGGGUGGAGUCCAGUGAUGGGGUGCCGAUUGGGGCGGAGGUCAAGUUGACAGACACCGGACAGCUUCAGCUGAUCGACGAUGAAGGAAAGGAACACAAGAUCAACAAGAAGACAGAGGGCACCAUUAAGCCCAUGCACCCCACCUCCGUCAAGGGUGUGGAUGAUAUGAUAAGGCUCGGUGAUCUCAAUGAAGCCGGGCUCCUCAGGAACCUCCUGGUCCGACACAAGGAAGGUCACAUCUAUACAUACACAGGCUCCAUUCUGGUUGCAGUCAACCCUUACCAGCUGCUGCCCAUCUACACCACCGAUUAUGUGCACAUGUACACAGAUCGACGACUGGGCGAACUGCCACCGCACGUCUUUGCCAUCGCAGACAGCUGCUUUUUCAACAUGCGGCGCAACCGAAAGAACCAAUGCUGCGUCAUCAGUGGAGAAUCAGGAGCAGGGAAAACUGAGAGCACCAAGCUCAUGCUGCAAUUCCUGGCUGCAGUGAGCGGCCAGCACUCCUGGAUCGAGCAGCAGAUUCUUGAAGCGAACCCCAUUUUGGAGGCCUUCGGUAAUGCCAAAACAAUUCGAAAUGAUAACUCCAGUCGUUUUGGGAAGUACAUUGACAUCAACUUCACCCCGGGUGGAGCUAUUGAGGGGGCCCGUGUUGAGCAAUACCUGCUGGAGAAGUCCAGAGUUUGUCGUCAGGCGCCUGAGGAGAGAAACUACCACAUAUUUUACUACAUGCUGAUGGGCAUGCAGGCUGAGCAGAAGAAGAUUCUUUCCCUUGGGAGCGCUGCUGAGUACAACUAUCUGACCAUGGGUAACUGCACCAGCUGUGAAGGACGCAAUGAUGUGACGGAGUAUGCUCACUUCCGUUCAGCUCUGAAGAUCCUCAUGUUCACAGAGAAUGACUCCUGGGAAAUCUCCAAACUGCUCGCUGCUAUCCUUCACCUGGGCAAUGUAAAGUUUGAAGGCACUAUAGUGAAUAACCUAGAGGCCUGUAAAGUCAACAAAUCAUCCCAUUUCAACAUGGUCUGCCAACUUUUGGAGGUUGCUCCGAAACAGCUGGAGAAUAGUCUGACUCAGCGCUUCUUCACCACAGCCAGAGACAGUGUGACCAAAAGUCUUACCUCGGCUCAGGCUGUGGACGGCAGGGAUGCCUUCGUCAAAGCUAUUUAUGGACGACUAUUCAUUUGGGUUGUGGACAAAAUCAACGCUGCCAUUUACAAGAAAGCCGAGGGUUCCGAUGAGGUCCAACAGUCAAUCGGCUUGCUUGACAUCUUUGGCUUUGAAAACUUCAAGAAAAACAGCUUUGAGCAGCUGUGCAUCAACUAUGCCAAUGAGCAGUUGCAGCAGUUCUUCGUCAAGCACGUUUUCAAGCUGGAGCAGGAGGAGUACACCCGUGAAAACAUAGUUUGGAAGCACAUUGACUAUCAAGACAACCAACAUACCCUGGAUGUAUUGGCCAACAAACCGAUGAACAUGUUGUCUCUAAUUGAUGAGGAGAGCAACUUCCCCAAGGGCACAGAUACCACCAUGCUUCACAAAAUGAAUCAGGUCCAUGGGAAAGGGGGUAUCUAUAUUCCCCCUAAGAACAACUAUGAGACAGAGUUUGGAAUCAAGCAUUUUGCCGGAGAGGUCUACUAUGAUUCAAAAGGAUUCCUUGAGAAAAACCGUGACACCCUCAGCACAGAUCUGAUUGAACUGGUGAAGACCUCCACAAAUAAACUCCUCAAGCAGGCGUUUCAAAACCAGCUUACCACUGGUACGGUGAAGAGCAUCAACCCCAGGAUGGUCAUCAACACGUCCAGCAGCCUCCGGCAAACCUCUGAUUCCAAGAAGCAAGUGCCAACUCUGACUGGCCAGUUUCGUAAGUCUCUGGAGUCCUUGAUGAAAACUCUGACCGUGUGCCAGCCGUAUUUCAUACGCUGCAUUAAACCCAACGACUUCAAGAAGCCAAUGUUGUUUGACAGAGAGCUGUGCAUGCGUCAGCUCCGUUACUCCGGCAUGAUGGAGACCAUCAGGAUCCGAAAGGCUGGAUAUCCUGUCCGCUACACAUUCGACGAGUUCCUUGGUCGCUACCGCGUCCUUCUGAAGACUUCCCUCUGUGAUCCUAAAAAAGAAAGUAAAGAGAAAUGCUGUGAAAGCAUUUGUAAAACUGUGCUCGCUAAGGGGGAAGACUGGAAGACCGGCAAGACAAAGAUAUUCCUCAAGGACUCUCAUGACACCAUGCUUGAAGUGGAGCGAAUGAAGGAGCUAAAUGUGAAAGCACUUAUAAUCCAGAAAGUCCUGAAAGGCUACAAACACAGGAGACAAUUCCUGAGGCAAAAGGCGGCCGCUCUUGUCAUCCAGAAAUACUGGAGAGGACACAAAGGCAGAAAGCUGUACAGAACAGUCCAGCAUGGCUAUGCAAGGCUGCAGGCACAGGUCCGCUCUCGCCAACUUCACUUCCACUAUCAGAAGAAGCGGCAUGCGGCCCUUGUGCUGCAGACUGAGCUCAGAGGGUAUCUGGCUAGAAAGGAAUGGAAGCGCAAGAGGAAUGCUGUAAUCCUCCUGCAGGCACAGACCAGAGGUGUACUGGCAAGGAAAGCUCUCAAAAAGAUGAAAAGAGAUAUGUACCUCUCUGCUAAACAAAAAGAAGAAGAAAGGCAGGCCAAUUUGGAGAGACAGAAAAAAUUGGAGGAAGUGCUGAGGCAGAAAAAAGAGGAUGAAGACAAAGCUAAGACCGAAUCCAUCACAGACCAGGAGAUGGUGGACAGCAUCUUUGACUUCCUCCCCCCAAUUAUGGUUGGAGGGCAGGAGGGCCAAGCACCCGUCGGAUUUGAGAAUCUUGAGGGGAGAAGGAUUAUAGAGGAGAUAGACAUUGACGACCUACCCAUGGAGGAGGAGCUUCCUAAGGAAGAUGAUGACGACCUGGAUGAAUACUCCUUCUCCAAAUUUGCCUCCAUGUACUUCCAGGGUGCAGCCUCACCCAGCCACAUCCGCCAAAGGCUUCGACAGCCCCUGCUUUACCAUGAAGACGAAGGAGAUGUCGUGGCCUCGCUGACAGUGUGGUGGAUCAUCCUGAGGUUCAUGGGAGAUCUCCCGGAGCCAAAGAGGCAGGUCCGUCCCCAGGCAUCCUCCACGCAGGAACGCCUUCUGCCAAAGGAGCUGAUGUCCAGAAAGGACAGACGCCUCAGCCACAUGGUUGGCUUGGAUCAGAGGGUGCUAAGGAAUAAAAAAGACAGCUCGCCUUCCACCGUACCUGAGGAGCCCGCACCAAACAGAAAGACCUCCAUUUUUCAAGACAUUCUGACAAAAACCAGGAAGGCUUCUGCAGUCCCCAGCGAGACCUCUCAAAACUCAAAGAGAUACACUGUCCCAGAAGGGGCCCCUCAGGCUAGGAAGGGGUCCACAUUCACUGACCUGCUGUCCAGAAACAGAAAAGUAUCCUCUGCACAAGACAACGCAAUCCCAAGAGCCUCUCCCUCAAGCUUCAGGAAACCUUCGAUCAUCAUGGAGGAGUCAGAUGAUCUGACUGAGGUGGCCAAGCCUCCCACCCUGCAGACUGUGAACGAGAACAGUGAGGUCACAAGUGGAGAAGGACUCACCCUGGACCGGCCGCUGACCACUCUCGAAAAACUGCACAUCAUUGUGGGAUAUGCCAUCGUCAGACGUGACCUUAGAGAUGAGAUUUACUGUCAGAUCUGCAAGCAGCUCCAGGAUAACCACGUUCGCAACAGCUACUUCCGUGGCUGGAUCCUUCUGUCCCUCUGUCUGGGCAUUUUCCCUCCCAGUGACCGCUUCAUGAAGUACCUGCAAAGUUUCAUCCGAUUUGCCCCGGGAGACUACGCUACCUACUGUGCUGAGAGGCUGCGACGCACGGGACUGAACGGAGAGCGAGGGGAGCCUCCAGCCUGGCUGGAGCUGCAGGCCACCAAGACAAAAAAGCCCAUGAUUGUGUCCGUAAAGAUGUUGGACGGACGCUCCAUUAACCUGCCUGUUGACUCGGCAUCUACCUCCAAAGAGAUCUGCCAGCUCCUGGCUAACAAAGUCAAGCUCACAGACACCUUCGGCUUUUCUAUCUAUGUCGCCUUGUAUGAAAAGGUGUGGGCUCUGGGCAGCGGCCGAGAGCACGUGAUGGAUGCCAUCUCCCAGUGUGAACAGGAAGUAAAGAGGAGGGGAGGGCAGGAACAGCACGCUCCAUGGCGUCUCUUCUUCCGCAAGGAGAUCUUCACCCCCUGGCAUGACUGCAAAGAGGAUAAGCUCAGCACAGACCUCAUCUACAGACAAGUCAUCCACGGUCUGAAGUUUGGAGAGUACCUGAGUGAUAAGGAAGAUGAUCUUGUUCAGCUCACCGCAAAGCAUUUAUACGUUCAACAUGGCUCGGACAGCAGUCCAGAACAUGUUAAAGAAGCUGUUCAGGACUGCAUCACCAACUCUCUGCUGGAGGCCAAGUCAGAGGCCAAAUGGGUGCAGAUGGUCAGCACUGCUUACGCUGAGGCUCCAUAUUUGAGUUCAAGACAAAAGGCAGAUUCAGUGAAGGCGGAGAUGGUCGACUUCACCAGAGAGAAAUGGCCCAUGUUCUUCUCGAGGUUCUUUGAAGUUGCCAAACUGUCAGGCCCUCCACUGCCAAAGAGCAAGUUCAUCGUGGCCAUAAACUGGACUGGUAUCACAUUCCUGGACGAGAGAGAGAGACGUCUGCUGCAGCUCUCCUUCCCUGAAGUCACUGGAGUCAACCCCAUAAGGGAUAGCAAAGUGUCUGGGCAGGUGGUGUGCCUUCUGACACUCAAAGGAGACUUCACUCUGACUGGAGGCUCAGCUGGAGCCAUGGCGGACCUCAUUACGAUGUUCCUCAGUGGACUGACUGAGAGAUCGCAGUAUGCUGUGACCCUGAAGGAAGCCGACAAUCGAGAUGACGCCACGCUCCUGAGCUUCAAGAAAGGAGAGCUCAUCAUAAUAAUCAAAGACAACGAGUUUUCUCAGCAACGCGGCUGGAUAAAGGGACAAAAUGAGCGCACAAAACAAACAGGAGCCGUCCCCACCGAUGCCAUCGUAAUCCUGCCGACGCUCAGCAAACCCACCAACGAGGUCAUGAGCCUCAUCAACUUGUCUCCGAACCAGAGGAAGGACAUCAUAGAGGCACACCAGAAAGAAACAGGAACAGUGGGGAGAAUAGCUCCUACCACCUUGAAGGAAUUCUCCAUGGAAUACUUCAGGCAGCCCACUAAGGAUGUGAACCGUCAGGUGAUUUCCAGAAACGCUGCUCCUGAGAGGCUGUGGAUCUGCUCCAGAGAGCCAAUCAGACAGCCUCUGCUCAAGAAACUGGAAAACAAGCCAGACCUCAGCCACAAAGCCUGUCUGGCCUUCACUGCGAUCCUGAAAUAUAUGGGAGAUUACCCCGCCAAGCAGAUGCAGAGUCCUCUCGACCACACCGACCAGAUCUUCGGCCCCGCCACUAAACACGAGGAGCUCAGGGAUGAGAUCUAUGGCCAGAUCAUGAAGCAGAUGACCAGCAAUAACAACCGGUUGAGCGUGGAGCACGGCUGGCAGCUGCUGUGGCUCUGCUGUGGCCUGUUUCCUCCCAGCCAGUCUCUUCUGAAGCACACUCAGCGAUUUCUGGAGUCGCGCCGCAGAGAGCCUCUCGCGUCCGACUGUCUGCAGCGGCUGCAGAGCUCGCUGAGGAUGGAGCCCAGGAAGCUCCCGCCACACCAGGUUGAGUUAGACGCCAUCCAACUGAACAGCACCCAGAUCUUCCACAAAAUCCACUUCCCGAACGAUACAGAUGAGGUAUUUGAGGUUGGGACAAACACCAGGAUCAGGGAUCUUAUCCAGAACAUUAGCAAAAAGCUCGACCUGGCUUCGGCUGACGGCUUCAGCAUUUUCGUUAAAACACACGACAAGGUUCUCAGUUUGACUGACACAGACUACUUCUUUGACAGUUUGAGACAAAUCACUGACUGGUCCAAGAAAGCCAAGAGAAUCAAAGACGGUGGCCCAGUCAACAUACAGUACAAUGUGUUCUUCAUGAGGAAGUUGUGGUUCAAUGUGAUACCUGGCAGAGACACAGAGGCCGAUCUUAUCUUCCAUUUCCCUCAGGAGCUGCCGAAGUACCUGAGAGGCUAUCAUGUUAGCACCAAAGAAGAAAUGAUCAACAUUGCAGCACUGCUCUUCAGGAUAUCGGUCAACAAUGACAAGACCCAGCUUGUCAUGAUUCCCAAGAUGCUGAAGGAGCUGGUGCCCGGUGACCAACUGAAGGCCAUGUCUGAAAACGAGUGGAAGAAGACUAUUACCGCCGCUUAUAACAAACAAGCUGGUAUGACUGUUGAGGAAGCUAAGGUGGCCUUUCUGAAGGCGGUUUUCCGCUGGCCAACGUUCGGCUGUGCGUUCUUUGAAGUGAAGCAAACGUCAGAAGAAAAAUUCCCAGAUAUUGUGCGAAUAGCCAUCAGCAAGCAAGGACUCACCAUCAUCCACCCUAAAACAAAGGAGGUGCUAGCAAAUCACCCAUUCAAUCGCAUCGCAAACUGGUGCAGUGGAAGCACCUACUUCCACAUGACUAUUGGCAGCUUAGUCAGGGGCACCAAAUUCCUUUGUGAAACCUCCCUGGGCUACAAGAUGGAUGAUCUCAUAACGUCGUAUGUCAACAUGUACCUCAGAGAGAGGAAGGCAGCACAAACCAGGAACCAGCGCUUCGACCUCUGAGCCUCAGAGUGUGACGCAACAUGUGUGCUUAAGCCAACACGCUCGACAUGUAGUUCACACACAUACAGACACACACACACACACAAAGAAGGAGAGCAAUCAACUUUAACUUGGAUAUUGAUUUAUCGCAUGAAAGAAAGUUGUUGUAGUUUCUCACAUUUUAUUUAAAGCUGGUGUUUCUUUGGUAAAUGACUCAUGUUCUAGGUGAUACUAAUACUGUGCAUAUCAUGAUUCAAGCCCUUCAGGAUCCACAAAUAAAAAGGUUUACAAAGGUGUAUGACAAUUUGUGAAUAAAUGAUAAUUUCCGUAAAUGUUUCGUAUCUAUAAAUGUAAUAAAUGCAAAACAAAUUUACAAAUACAAACAAGCCAACUUGAAUAUUUGCCAGUAUUCUACGUAUUUCCAACUUCAGUUUAUUUAAUCUAAUGACUUUUAUUUUGAAAUACUUCCCAUGACAUAAAUGUCUUAUAAUAGUGACAUUUAUUUGCAUUCAUUUACAAAUCUGUAAAGUAUUUCAUCCACAUCUGGUGAACAAAAUUACACAAAUAUCUUUUUGGACAUUUCUAUGCAAAACAAGCAUCGUUUUACAUAUUUUUUCAAGUUGUUUGUGCAAAACAAUUCAUUGUCAUACACAUUUAUAAUCCUUGUUUUUUUUAUUUGUGGAUCAUGGAGUGUGAAUUUUUCACUACUGUUGACACUCAUUAAUCUGCCUGCCUUAAAAAUAUUAAAGGUGCCCUGUCAAGUUUAAUUGAAAAAAAGCAAAACAACAAAAAAACAAAAUGUUUGUGGUGUUUCUCACCGAAACACUUUGUAUUUAUCUCUCAGGCCAGACCACUGACCGUUAAAGAAGGGAGGGUGUAUGCGUGACGUCGCCCACAGGUUUCUGAAGAGCCGUUUUGAAGCUCACAGUUGUCAUGAACGGGGAAAUUAGCUGUAGAGACCAAAACCAUUUUUUGUACCAGGCUGUAAACAUGUUUAUUUCUGCUGUGAAGUUGGACACUUUAACACAGAAGCUUAUAGAAGCUUAUGGAGACAGCCUUAAGUGGCUGUUUAAGGAACUUCACAGCAAAGGAGGUUGCUGCUUGAGGAAUCAAUGUCUGAAAAUUCUCUUAAAAUAACAACCAAAACAAAUCAGACAUGUUUGCUCACUCACAGCCUAAUUCCUUGCCUUAGUUAGCGCGUUGCUAAGCUGCUAUGCGUGUUAACAGCACAAGAUAUGUAUUGCAUCAUUGAGAUGAUUGCGCACAUACACAUGCAUCUUUGUGCAAUCCACUUGUGAAAACAUUGAUCCAUAGUGGCCAAAAAACCUUCAUGGGUUUCCUUUAAAUUAACCAAUAUUCAGCAAAUAUUUUAAGUGCUUAAAAUGAUUACGCUCAUUUAAAAAAAAAAACAUUUAUUGUUGAGAAAUUAUUUCUGCUGAAAUGAUCAAAUAAACAUUUUCUCAU